AUGGCGUCUCCUGCUGGUUGUGAGGACAGAUCAACGAGAGUCGAGAGACACACUUGCCCGCACAAAUCGCCGCGUAUCUUCUUCUGUUAUCUGCUAGCGACCGAUCUCCAGGAAGCUUUUGGGAUGUCGAGCUUCAUCGGCGGCGUGGUGGGGGCGGUGGCAGUGGGGGCGCCGGUGGACGGGGGCGCGUCGCCGCUGCACAUUCUCGCGGUGGACGACAGCUCCGUCGACCGCGCCGUCAUCUCCGGCAUCCUUCGCAGCUCUCGGUUCCGUGUGACGGCCGUGGAUAGCGGGAAGAGGGCCUUGGAGCUGUUAGGAUCGGAGAACAACGUGAGCAUGAUAAUCACGGAUUACUGGAUGCCGGAGAUGACGGGAUACGAGCUCCUGAAGAAGGUCAAGGAGUCAUCCAGGCUGAAGCAGAUCCCCGUUGUGAUCAUGUCCUCGGAAAACGUACCGACAAGAAUCAGCAGGUGCUUGGAGGAAGGCGCGGAGGAUUUCCUCGUGAAGCCCGUCAGGCGGUCUGACGUGUCCCGGGUGUUCAACCGCGUGCUCCCAUGA